ACCGAAACUGAGCACAGUUGAGCAGCCAACUUUCUAUCAUCGCAACCACCAUCCGUCACCUGCCAUAACAAUUAUUUAGGAGACUUGCUGUCGUUUCGUGUGCGCCUAGAGGUACCGCUACUGAUCUUAGCGACACGGCCAAGUGAAUUACAUGAUGGCGGACAUCAAACGCAUGAUGCCCAAGCCGUCGAGCAUGGCCCGAAAUGCCGUUUCCAAAAUGCUUGAAAAGGGCCGCCACAAUAUGGUGAACUCGUCGAUCCAGUCUGUUGAUUCCGAGGACCACGAGGGCCAUGGUGGCGUGUCACUGUUGGAUGACGACUCGCAAGAGGAUUUCCCUGUCCAGCCUGUCCAGUCUCCGAAUGCUGUUAUGGCUCAAGAUGUCGAUGUUACCCCCAAGGCAAGCGUUGUGCAAAGGAAGAACGGGAAUGCUUCCAGCACGAAUUUUCCCAAAGGUUUGCGAAGAAAGGAUAAGAAGCGUACUGGUGCGUUCGAUCAAAACGGCAGCAAUGGAAACCACGGACGCGAGCAGAACGGGUCUACCCCAAGCCACACCCAAAGCUGUCAACAAGGAACUUCUACUACCGCUGGAGUUGCCCCUCUUGACCAUCAAGCUUCGAUGGCCUACAUGGUUCAGUAUCCUCAAGCAACGCAAUCUUUUCAACAAGGUCAACCUAGCCCAGCCAUGAGCAAUGACAUAUCACCUAAUCCAACGAACGAGGUAAUGGCAGGAGGUCAACCUGUUUGGCCGUCAUCAAACAACCAUGGCAUCGAUAAUCAGCAGGCAGGCAUCAUUUACCAGCACAUGGGUAUCUCUCAACUCCAGACUGGUCAGGGCUUCGUGCCUAACGGGUCUGGCGGCCACCUCGGUAUCAGUUCACCCGCUGGUCAGACUGGAUAUGCGCCCAUGGGCCUCCCUUAUCCUCAACAUCAGAUGGCCCCAGUCACCGACCCCAAUGCAUUUGCGCAAUCGCCCAAUGCCCAGCCAGUCGUGGGUGUCACUCGCUUGGCGCCUGGCCAGCUCUACUACGCCUACGGCCCAAUGUUUGGAGGUCCAGGCUCCAAUAUGCAGCCUCAGGGCGGCCAGCAGACCGGCGAUGCUUCCAGGACUGAACACAACCAGACUGUAAAUGACCCGCAGACCGACCUGGGCCAGUCUCAAGCUACAAAGACCCCUUCGCACACGAAGGAGAUUUUUAAUCAAACCGAACCCCGAAAUUUUGCACCCCGCGCAGGUUCACUUCCCUCUCAACCCCCGCCUCCGUUCAUGAUUGAUACUGCUCAUGCCCCGAACACCCACGGUACUCAAGCCGGUAUCGUCACCGGCUCCGGGAUUGAUCCGUUCUCUCCGGCGGGCAACGAUGAGCGUGCUAUUGUCAGAGUUCCUAACCGCCAUUCAGGGUAUGAAACCCCGAACGAGAACUAUGCGGUCAUGCCACAUAUGCCCCUUUCUGGCCCUCCCCCUUCAGAAGUGCGAGCUGUACGCUCAGAGCAGCUGAACAGGCUCACCGUCCUUGGUCCGUAUGGUCUCCCUACCGCAGAGGUAGCUUUGCAUCCUGACAACUUUCCUUUCAUUGAGAGCUGUUCGCAAGCUUCAGCUUCGGAUGCCGGAGUUGUUAAGAUUACCAAUCUUCCUUAUACGACCACUCAUCAAGAGAUCAAGGCACUCCUUGGUCGGAACGCCAAACUACUGACUGAAGAAUCCGUGCACGUCAUCAUGGAGCGAAUCAAUGGCAAGACACAGGAUGCAUACAUUGAGUUUUGCACUCAAGAUGAUGCUAUCAGAGCUGUCCAACGCUUGAACCAAGCUGCUGAACGGACAAACCGUCCUUCUCGUAUUGCUGAUCGCCCCGUUGAUGUGGAGUUGUCGGGCCAGGCCAGUAUGAUGAAGGACCUCUUUCCUUUGGCUUCCGGCGUGACCUGGAGAGGCGCAGAACCGAUAAUCGAAUCUCCAGUUGAGGCAAAGCCCUGGAAGACCUUUAAAGGCUUUAUUAUGAUCGAGGAGAUGGCUAUGCUGGUCAAGCUUGUUGAGAUGCCACAGCGUGCUCAGUAUACAAAAAGCUGCCCCCAGCGUCCUUACGAGUGCAUGAUCUCUACGAUCAGGAAGCUGCCCUGGCAAAAGUCAGAUUGCAUCACGAUUCACCAACGCUGGGCCGUAUACAAUGCCACGAUUCGUCUCAUCGAGCUGCUUCGCAACACCACCCAGCGCCGCGACCAUGAUAGCCACAUCGCUCUCAAUCAACUUCUUCUCAAGCGUCUGGUCAACACAGCCAUGCUAUGCCCUGGCUUCAGCGUCCUUCAAAAGGAUAACAUUGCCUUCACCGCUGGCAUGGGUGAAAUGAAGCAGCGAGAGUUCAACCAACCUAGGUUCCCCGAUCUCUGGACCCAUCAGCUGUCGGUUUGCCCGAAGCCAGGAGUCCCGUUGGAUGUUCUCGAGUGGUAUAUUGCCAUCAUCCGCGAGGAGACCACUCGCUUUGUCAAUCUCAAGCCUGUCAGUGAGAGAUCUGAGAUUCUGAGCAAGGCCACCAAGAUGAACAGCAACGGCUACUUUGGCUUUCUUUGGCACGAGAUCGGCUUCCCUGCUGGCGAUGAGUACGAUAACAUGACUCUAAAGCAGGCGAUGGAGAUGGAAUUGGCAGCUAUCGAGAAUUGCCUCAAACGGGCCCUUUGUUAUGGCUAUCAACACGCAGACAACGGCAGGGUCAAGAAGCUUAUGGCUGCUUAGGCUUUAGUGGUCAGGCCAAGGAGACAAUGACGAGGAGUAUUUAUUGGUACCAUCCCUGAUCAUUGUUCCGCAUCCUAUUUUCAGCCACAUUCAACAUUGAAAGGAUUGCAGCAUCAUCGACUUUACCACCUUUAUCAGUAAUGCCACCAUCAAUCAGAUAUUCAUACCAGGACGAAGUUACGCGGAAUAUCGGUGGACAUGAAGGGAAACCAUCAAUUGGGCUUCAUACUUGCACAUCUGCAUUGGGAU